AUGAGUCAUGAAACUGCGAAUGGCGUAGGUCUGACAAGGCACGAGGAAGGUUGGAAGAAGACGGGGGAGGAAUUCAGCACCACCGGAGUCGAUGACAUCGCGCCCUGGAAGGGAUCGGCGAAUAAGGUACGCUUUUCCCCUUCUGGUCCACUUAGCUCGACUGCAAUGUUCCUGGGAUCACUGUUCCUGGGAUCACUGGAGGCCUGUGUCCCUGCUGCUGCUGUUGUCUCGCGCCGGUCUCUGAUUUGA